AUGGCCUCCGUGGCCGCACGCAAAAAGUCAAUAGUAUCAACAACAGGCCUCCACAUCGACACAAACACCCUCCUCAACAAGGCCGCGUCCCAGUCCACCUCCCUCUACCAGCAGUGCUCGUCCCUCAGAGCUCGCCUCCUCCACAUCCGCGGCUUCGCACACUACUUCUCCGUAUCCGCCGCCCCCGACGCUCGCCAGUCCACCGACCCAGUAACCCAGCUAUGGGACCUCUUCUCGACGGGCACGCCACUCUGCUACAUCUUCGAUCAGCUCCCCGAGGAGGCGGGGUUCAACAAAAUAAACUACUCCUCCUUCAAGCCCGACCAGCUCGAGGCAAACCCAGAUCGUGCAAAGAAGCAUGCCAUCGCCCUCUUCGCCAUGCAGAUCCGCGCAGAGAAGGUCACUCAGAACAUCCCCGGCUGCGAGUCGUUCACCGUCACCGACCUCUGGGAUCGUAACUCCACCGACGGUUUGGUCAAGGUUAUCAAUACCGUCACUGCCAUCGUCGACCACCUGCCCGCGGACGCUUUCGAUAACGAAGAACCGUCCCCCCGCACUCUCUCCCAAACCGCCUCAUUCGAUUCACUCACCGACACCCUCGCCACUCAACCCGCCAAUGCCCAGGAGACGGCACGGAAUAACAUCAUUAAGGAGAUGGUGGAGACUGAGCGUAAAUACGUGCAGGAUCUCGAGAUUAUGCAGAAAUACUCGACCGCCCUAUCACAGGCCAACCUCAUGGAUCAGGACACGAUCCACCUUCUAUUCCCCGGCCUCAACAAACUCCUCAAUUUCCAACGCAAGUUCCUAAUCCGUCUCGAGAGCACAGCAGAGUUGCCUUGGCAAGAUCAACGAUGGGGACAACACUUCCUCGAAAGCGAAGACGAGUUCAUUGUCUACGAGCCCUACUGUGCUAAUUAUACGAACGCGACGGAACUCAUGCUCGCCAACGAGCAAAACCUUGUACCACUGAACCACUUGAUCAACGUCAAAGGCGAGCUGCCCGGUUUGCUCAUCAAACCGAUCCAGCGCAUCUGCAAGUACCCCCUUCUCCUUGACUCUCUCAUCAAAGCUUGCUCGCCAGCAACGUACCCUCAUCUCGACGAACUUAAACAGGGAUCCGAUGCCGCAAAGCGUAUCACCGAUAAGAUCAACGAGGCACAACGGCGCGCCGAAAACGAGCAAACUGUCAAGUCUCUCCAUACCAGAAUCGACGAUUGGAAGGGCCACCAUUUGGAGAACUUUGGCGAGCUCCUCCUCGACGACGUCUUCGUGGUGACCAAGUCCGACAUUGAUCGGGAAUACCACGUCUUCCUCUUCGAGAAAAUCAUCCUCUGCUGCAAGGAGGCGAUUGCCCAGCCGCCCAAGGGCGCGAAAGGCGUGGCGAAGAAUGGCUCCAUCCUGAAGAAGCAGCUUGCUCCUCCGCCUCUUGCGCUCCCCGGUGGUGUUGGUACACCACAGAAGAACACCCCCCUUCUGCUCAAAGGCCGGAUCUUCCUCGGGAACGUCACACAGGCCGUCCCAGUCCCUGCCCGAGCCUCCCCAACGAUCGGUAUCCCCACGCAUUAUCCUCUAGCCGUGUGGUGGAAGGGCGAUGACGAUCUCGAAUUCUUCACCCUGCGCUGCCGACGCGAGGACCAGAUGCGGCAGUGGGAAGCGACCAUCAACCGCCUCAUCAAGGAAGCAGCCCAGCGAAGAGCGUCGGAGCGCACCGGCGGUAUGGCGCGCCUCAUCGCCAACAGCACGAAUCCGGCCCCGCAAGCGCGUAUCAUCAACAGCCUCUCCUCGCACUACUCCGCAGGCGCGACCAUGUCUUCCUAUUCCCACUCAUCGCAGUCGUCCACGAGCAACCCUGCCAUUCGCCGGCAUCCCAGCCAGUACAACCCCCACGACGACUACAUUGGCAGCAGCAGCGGCGCGUACAGCGCCGGUCCGCAGGGAUACCCACCGCACGACGGCUUCGACGUCGAUGCAGACGACGAGGACCUGGAGGAUUACCCCCCGGCGUCGCAGUAUGGGUCUUCGGGCCGGGGCACGCCCAUCUCGCGCCGGACGCCGAACUCGCUCAGCAUGCCGCCCGAGCGCGAGCCUGCGGUGGGUGUGGGCGGGUACGAGCGCCCGAGGGCGCAGACGGAGAGCACGGACGGGCCGGUCAUGGCGCAGUGGCGCUCGACGAACGGCGGGCUCCCGCCGCUGCCCUCGGGCUCGCUGCAGUCGCCCAACGGCGUCCUCCGCCCGAUCACGCCGCGCCUCACCUCGAACAUGAGCGCAAGCAGCUAUGCGUCGGACGCGAGCUUUGGGAAUGGGAUACCGCCCAAGUCGAGUCGCCCGCCGCUGCGCAGCCAGUUCAGCUCGACGAGGUUGCGGAGCGGGUAUGACAGCCCGAGUAGCGGUGUGGGUCCGUCGGCGGCGAAUGAUUAUAGGAACGGACGCUCGGCGACGCCUACGCUGAACGCGAAUGGCAGUACGGGGAGCAACAGCAGCAAUAAUGCGACGCUGACUGCGCCGCCGCCGAUGAAUAGGUCGAGGAGCGCGAGCCAGCCGAGUGCGUACGUGCCCCCGACGAAGAUGGCCCCGCCGCCGCCGCUGCCCAACCCCGCGCACCAGCACUGGAACCGCGAGAGGGAGCACCGCCAGCCGAAUGGGGUGCCGGUGGGAGUAGGGGGGGUGACGAACGGCAAGCGCGGGAGCGGGUCGAGCCAGUCGACGGGCGAGAGCUCGGACUACUCGCCCAACAGCUCCUCGCCGAUCACGCCGUUCGGGUCGAGCGAGUCGUCCCUCGGCGGCGUGGGCGUAGGCAUGGGGGCCAUCCGCCACUCGCGCUCGCGGGACUUUGACGGUGUCGUCAACGGCCACGCCAACGGCCACGCCAACGGCCACCAACACCAGAACCAGCACCCGCCCUCUCCGCCCGUCAAGGUGAAGGUGCACUUCCACGAAGACAUUUUCGUGAUCCAGGUACCCCGGUCGACGGAGUAUGGCGAUUUGGUGGAGAAGGUGGGAAGGAAGAUUAGGUUGUGUGGGCCGAGGAGGGACGAUGGCCCUCUACGUGUGAAGUACCGCGAUGAGGAUGGAGACAUGAUCUCGCUGGGAUCGACGGAGGAUGUCCAGAUGGCGUUUGAGCAGUACAGACCAGGAGGGCAGGUCACUCUGUUCGUCACAUGA